UAUCAGAGUAAGAAACACUCUUAAUAUAAAAUAUCCAGAAAAUAUCUAGAUAGAUCUAGUGUGUAAAAUUAAACUGUUUUCAAUACUGAAAGACAACUUCACAAGUUAAACGUUUCGUAGUGGCGGUAAAGUUAGCUAUCUAUUGAUUCAAUUAUUUGUUAUUUUUAAAGCAAAAAUUAGAAUUAAUUAAAGAUCUUAAAAAGUAUAUGCGCAGAAAUGAAACACAAAAUUUUCCUAGUAGGGGGAAUAGUUUUUGCGUCGGAAAUCAUUUGGUAUUUGUACAAAAAAGUUCAUAACUUAUGGAUUAAAUCUACAAACACUUGCAAAGAUUUGAAAACAAACAUUUAUGAAUCGAAACAAGACAUUUCAGAGGUGAUGUUUUUUACAAAAGAAUCUAGUUUUUGUCGAACACAUUUAGCUAAUAAAGAGAUUUGUCUCAAAGACACUUGUUCUGUUCAAUAUUUGAGAAAGUUAGAAAAUUAUAUAAACCGAGCAAAAAAAAGUUUAGAUAUUUGUAUGUACAUGUUAACUUGUCAAUUGUUAUCAAAUGCAAUCGUAAACGCACAUAAACGGGGAGUACUUGUUCGAAUAAUAAUGGAUCGAAGUAUGGCUUGCAAUGAAGCCGCGCAAACGGCUUUGUUUUAUAAGAAUGGGGUCACAAUUAAAUUAGAAUAUUACGUUGGUUUAAUGCAUCAUAAAUUCGCGAUUGUGGAUAAUGAUAUAUUAAUCACUGGUAGUACGAAUUGGACAAUGUCUGCUUUUUUUGGAAAUUUCGAUCAUAUAAUAGUGACUAAUCAACAUUCGUUAGUGAAGCCAUUCGUCGAUGAAUUCGACAGGCUAUGGAAGACAUCUCCAAACUCGGAAGAAAAUACAGAAUGUUCAGCGCAAUUUUCAGUAAAAUAACAACUUGUAAUUUGGUAAGUAGACGUUUCAGUUUUAAAAAUCUUUUCUUCCUGAUACUCAACGUUAUCGUUCCGAGAGCGCUUCUUUGACGUCAAGAAAUCAAAAGGGAGAUCGUAAAACAUGAAGGCGUGUUAGCGGUAGGGGGCAUAUAAGUAUAAUGUAUAUAAGCACGUGGUACCAGUUAACUCGUGAAAUAGCACGAUGCAGAUUUGUUCGGUACUCUGAAGAGCAAUCUACACGAUAUAUCGAGUUCCGACACGAUGUGACGCGCGGUUGCUUGCUGUUCUCAUCGGCCGAUAAAAGUAGAACAUUGUCCGUACAUAUAAAUAGGUUAGCCUGUAUGAAAAUAGACGUCGGGCUGUUGGACCGGAGGAUCGAUGACGAGAUACUCGGCGACGAGCCGUCCGCUGCCUCAACUUUCUUUCUCUUCCUCUCUGUUUCCAAAUUCACGGUCUCGGUAUUAUCGCAAUCUUACGCUUAUACGUAUCCUUUAAUAUUUUAAAAUAAUCUUCACAUUAUUUAUUUACAUAUGAAUCGUUACCAUUUAUAUCUAGCGUGACGAAAAGAAUAUUUAUAUUUAUAUCAUAGAUUCGAGUAUAUUUUUCUAUCGCGAUUUUUUUUUUUCAUUCUAUAUUAUUAUACCUGUAUGUAUAUACGUACGCAUGUUUUCACACGAGGUAGAUAUGUUCGCAUGUUGUAGAAGUACGUAACUUGGGAAAGCAAACGAUUCAGAAUAAACGCGCGAUGCGCGGAAAUAGUAGCGCGCAAACCCAAAAUACCCCAUCGUAUACGGAUAAAAGGCGAAUAUACGUUAGUAGUAGCAGUAGUAGUAGUAAUAGUAGUAGUAAUAGUAGAAGUUUGACGUUUCUUAAUCUACCUCUUCUUAUGUCAAUAAUAGAUACGUAAUAAUAUUUACGAAAAUUUUUCUAGCAAAAUUAUUAUUUUAUUUAUGUCGAAACGAACAGUUUUCGAAAUAUUCAACGUCAACGAUUCCGCGAAUCUUUCGCUCUUCUCUAAAAUCGCAUAAUAAAUUUUGUGAUUUCACUUUAACAGCACGAUUACGAAUAUUCGAUGAAAUCCAUGCACGUUAAACGCACAUUUAUAAAUUCAGAUGUCGAUGCUCGUAAAAAAGAAUAUUUUUAAUUAUUUUUGUUACUCCUAUCGAGAAAGAGAAUACGUGAUUUUACUCGUUUUUAAGAAUUGGACGAUUAGAUAUAUAGAAAAUAAGUCGACAACUCUAGAAAAAUAGGUGUCUCGUAGGUCAAGGGUGUGUCAAAUCGGACAAGUAGCACGUUCAUGAUGGCUGCGAAACUCGCGGAUUUGGGAAAAGGAAAAAAAAGGUCAAAGGUCAAGUAUUCCUCGAUGGUCCUUUUAGUUGCUCUCUUUUCCAUUUGAGACGCGAGAUUGAAGGACAAGAAGAAAGAAAAA